UAGAUCUCCAUACUGGUUCACAUACUAAAGAGAACUUUCGUUUUCUCCGCAUGUUUUUGACGCUUUUUUUUUUUUUUUUUUUUUUUUUUUUAAAAACGCUUGUCGUAGGCUUCAGGUAUUGUAUGGGCAUGUUUUUUAAUUCGGUGUUAUGUGGAUAAUAAUGUACGAUUCGCCCGGGACUGCAUUUUACCGUUGUCGGUAAAACAUCUGAAACCACCUGUUUAUUAGAUGGUUUUUAGUCCCCUGCGAAUCGGGCUUAAUGAAGGCAGCACUACAAAGCUAAUUACUGCGCUUUACGUUUCGUCGAAUUAAACUUUAUUUAUUUACGUUAAAAAUAUAUAAAGUUCAAACGCAAAAACAGGUAAUCACUCAUGAGCUGUCACAACAUACGAGUCAUGCCGUGCAAAGUAAACAAAGCAAGGUGCUGAGGCUCGGUACUGGUUAUUUUGCAGCAGCGACUUUAAAAUACAAAUAAUACCGGGUAGCUUUAUGCCUUUUGAAUCUAGUGGAAGCCAUGGAUUAGGGGCAGGUGUGGGACAGAGAGAUGGCCCUUCACCCCAGCCCUGCCUUUCUAGUCCUGUCAGACUGGCAGCGAUCAUCGGAGAGCAGGGACUACUUCAACAGCAUCAUGCACAGAAACCGAAGAAAGCGCUUUGGUCUGCUGGAGGCUCCUGUCCUGCCACUGCAGGCUGCUGCUGACACUAUCAGCUACAAGGUCUUUGUCUCCGGGAAGAGCGGAGUGGGGAAGUCAGCCCUGGUGGCAAAACUCGCAGGGCUGGAGGUGCCCAGCAUGCAUUAUGAGACCAUAGGGAUCCAGACAACUGUCCUUUACUGGCCGGUGAAGCUGAAAGACAAUGGCAGAGUCCUGCUCUUCUGCUUCCAGCUCUGGGACUAUGGAGAGAAUGCACUUCGGAAGUUUGACCACCUGCUCCCUGCCUGCAAAGAUCAGACAGAUGCGGUUCUGCACCUGUUUUCCUUUACUGACCGCUCCUCCUUCGAUGACCUGUCCAAUCAGAUCACCCGCAUCUCUGAUUCAGCAGGCAGCAAUGUCAAGCUGGUGGUGGGUACCAAAUUUGACCAGGUCAUGCAGACGGACGUGACGGAACGGGAGCUAAGAGAGUUCCAGCAGGCCUGGGCUGUGCCCGUGUUUUGUUUCCAGAGUGCAGGGGGUGGGUCGGGCCGGGCUGGACUGGCCGAUAUUGCACCCCUCCUCAACGGACUGGCAGAGCGGCUGUGGGCUCAGGACCUACAGGCAGCCAGGCUGCACACAGAGCCACACAGUCACUAACCACAC